AUGUUACUUAGUACUAUAAUUCAAUUCUUCUUGUUCACCUUGAUUCUCGGUGCUCCAGCGACCGUUCAGGUUCCAACCGACGAUCCGUUUUAUACUCCACCAUCGGAUUUAGAAAAUUAUAAACUUGGAGAUAUCAUUAAUAUUAGACCUGCUCCUGCUCAAAUUAGAAGUGUUUAUUUUACUGUUAAAAUCAAGAACACAUGGCAAGUAUUAGUGAGAUCUGAGGAUUCUUUUGGUAAUGCUAAUGCCAUCGUUACCACCAUUUUUGAACCUUUCAAUGCUGACCCUUCCAAAUUAGUCAGUUAUCAAGUUGCUCAAGAUUCUGCUGAAGUCAAUUGUUCUCCAAGUUAUGCUUUCAUGAAUGGUUUAGGUUUACGUACUGUUAGUUCUCAAGCUGAGAUGUUCUUGAUUCAAACUGCUUUAGAUCAAGGUUACUAUGUGGUUUCACCUGAUUUCCAAGGUUUGAAAUCAGCUUUUACUGCUGGUAUUCAAGCUGGUCAUGCAGUUUUGGAUUCAAUUAGAGCUGCUUUAAAUAGUAAAGACGACACCGGUAUUAAUAGUGAUGCUGCUACCAUCAUUUGGGGAUACUCCGGAGGUUCAUUAGCUGGUGGUUGGGCUGCUGCUUUACAACCAAACUAUGCUCCAGAAUUAAAAUCUAACUUGAAAGGUGUUGCUUUGGGUGGUUGGGUUACCAACAUUACUGCUACUGUAACUUACGAACCCGUUGUCAAUGGUGGUCUUUUUGCUGGUUUAGGUGCUGCUGGUAUUGCUGGAUUAUCCAAUGAAUAUCCUGAUUUAUAUGAAUACUUGAAAACUGCUAUGUAUGAAGAUAAAUAUGAAAAAUUCACCCAAGCCUACGAUCAAUGUUUAAUUGAUACCAUUCCAACCUUUAUACUUAAUAAUUAUUUCACAGGUCCUAACAAAUAUUUUAAAGACGGUUUGGGUGCUUUAACUGAAGAACCAAUUGCAACUAUUUUAGCUAACAAUACUUUAGGUUUAAUUCCUGAAAACAUGCCAGAAAUUCCAGUUUUCGUUUACCAUGGUAAAAUUGAUGGUAUAGUUCCAUUCAAUCAAGCUGAAAGAGUUUAUGAUAUUUGGUGUGAUGCUGGUAUUUCAUCAUUAGAAUUUAAUGCCGAUGCUACUGCUGGUCAUAUUUCUGAAAUAAUUCAGGGAAGUGGUGCUGCAUUUGCUUGGAUUCAAAAAAUCUUCAACGGUGGCUCUCCAGUUAAUGGUUGUAAAACAACCACUAGAGUUUCCAACUUAUUAUACCCAGGUACCGAUCUUUUCAUUGGUAAUUUCUUAAACUCCUUAUUCAACAAUAUAUUCGGUAUGAAUAUUGGUCCAAAUGGUGAAAACUUAGUGUUACAAAACAACCAGUUGAUCUCCGAACAAAAUGCUACAUCUUCUGCUUAA